AUGUCUUUCUCAAACGCAGCAAUUCCUAUUGCUUUCCUUUUCACUUUUCUCUACAUUCUAUAUGGAGUCUUCUUCCGUCCAAACCAAAAGAAACUUGGCCACAAACCGCCGGGUCCUUGCCCGUUGCCACUCAUCGGAAACCUCCACCUUCUGGGUGACCUCCCUCAUCGCAACCUUCAAUUCCUGGCCAGAACGUAUGGCCCCAUCAUGUCCCUGAAAUUGGGACAAGUCCCAGCCAUCGUGAUCUCUUCAUCUCAAGCUGCUGAACUCAUCUUCAAGACAAACGACAUCGUUUUCGCCACUCGUCCUAAAACCCAAGCCUAUGAUUUCCUCUCUUAUGGCUUCAAAGGCACUGCGUUUGCCGAGUAUGGCCCAUACUGGCGUCAUGUAAAGAAGUUGUGCACUGUACAGCUUCUAAGUGUGCCAAAAGUGGAGAUGUUUGCCCCUUUGAGGAGGGAAGAGCUGGUUUUAGUGGUGAAGUCUCUAGAGGGAGCCUCAGCGUCAAGAGAGAUUGUGGACCUUAGCGAAGUUUUGCAUAACCUUACGGAGGAUAUAGUGUUUAAGAUGACAUUUGGUGCUGAUACUAAUAAGGACAAUGCCCUCAGUUACAAGGAGCUCGUUCAAGAGGGAAUGAGCCUUGCCUGA